UCCAGAUUUUAGUUGGAAAAGAGGCGUCGAACCGAGCGGUUUGAAUUGAACCGAAAGUCGCUGGAAGCUUGGAGAGCUGGAAACAUAAACUCGCGUGUGCUUUUCGUCUCAAUCUUACUCUCUUGAUCGCCGAGCUCAACACGUGGGCGAGCAUUAAUAAAGUAGUGUUAUUGCUUUAGAAACGUGAUUAGUUCUCAGUUCUUGUUGUUUCCGAAACAAAAAUAUGUCGCAUCGCGUUUUGGUGAUUGGCAGCGGCGGUCGGGAGCACGCGAUUUGCUGGAAGUUAUCGCAAUCCCCGAAAGUCUCCAAAAUAUUCGCAUUGCCCGGCAGCCAUGGCAUUCAGCAGGUGGAGAAGUGCCUGAAUCUUGAGUCCCAGACCUUGGAUCCUAAGGAUUUCGAGGGCAUUGCCAAAUGGAGUAAGGAAAAUCACAUCUCUCUAGUGGUAGUAGGACCCGAAGAUCCCUUGGCCUUGGGAUUGGGCGAUGUUCUACAGAAGGAAGGAAUUGCCUGCUUUGGACCUGGGAAGCAAGGUGCCCAAAUUGAGGCUGACAAGAAGUGGGCCAAAGACUUUAUGCUUCGUCAUGGCAUCCCAACGGCCCGUUAUGAGAGCUUCACGGACACGGAGAAGGCAAAGGCAUUUAUCAAAAGCGCCCCAUAUCAAGCUCUGGUGGUGAAGGCAGCUGGAUUGGCAGCCGGAAAGGGCGUUGUGGUGGCUGCCAAUGUGGAGGAAGCCUGCCAGGCGGUGGACGAAAUCCUGGGAGAACUGAAAUACGGAAAGGCGGGUGCCACAUUAGUGGUGGAGGAGCUGCUGGAGGGCGAAGAGGUGUCCGUGUUGGCCUUCACCGAUGGCAAGAAUGUCCGUGCCAUGCUGCCCGCUCAGGAUCACAAGCGUUUGGGCAACGGCGACACUGGACCAAACACCGGUGGCAUGGGUGCCUACUGCCCAUGUCCUUUGAUCACUCAGCCAGCGCUGGAGCUGGUUCAAAAGGCUGUGCUGGAGAGGGCAGUCCAGGGUCUAAUAAAGGAGCGGAUCACCUACCAAGGUGUCCUUUAUGCGGGACUCAUGCUGACACGCGAUGGUCCCCGUGUCCUGGAGUUCAACUGUCGGUUCGGUGAUCCCGAAACCCAGGUGAUAUUGCCACUGCUCGAAACUGAUCUAUUCGAAGUGAUGCAGGCCUGCUGCAGCGGACAGCUGGUCAAAAUUCCACUGCAAUGGCGUGAUGGAGUAAGCGCCGUGGGUGUGAUCCUAGCCAGUGCUGGCUAUCCGGAGACCUCAACCAAGGGAUGUAUCCCUUCAGGACUUCCGGUUGCCAAUUCCCCAACCCAGUUGGUCUUUCACAGCGGUCUUGCCGUAAACCAAAAGAAGGAAGCCUUGACCAACGGCGGUCGGGUCCUUAUCGCUAUUGCUCUGGACGGCAGCCUGAAGGAGGCCGCUGCCAAGGCCACUAAGUUGGCUGGCAGCAUUACAUUUUCGGGCUCAGGAGCUCAGUACAGGACGGACAUUGCCCAGAAGGCAUUCAAAAUAGCUACGGCAAGCUCCCCGGGGCUGAGCUACAAGGACAGCGGAGUGGAUAUUGAUGCUGGCGAUGCACUCGUGCAGCGCAUUAAGCCCUUGUCCCGUGGCACUCAGCGACCUGGUGUCUUAGGUGGCUUGGGUGGCUUUGGAGGUCUGUUCCGCAUAAAAGACCUUAGCUACAAGGAGCCAGUCAUUGCAGAGGCCGUCCAAGGAGUGGGGGCCAAGAUUCACCUUUCCCUAGAGCACGAACUAUACGAAAAUGUUGGCUACGACCUGUUCGCCCUGGCCGCUAAUGAUCUUCUUGAAGUAGGUGCCGAGCCUGUGGCAUUCCUGGACUACAUUGCCUGUGGAAAGCUUCACGUUCCAUUGGCCGCUCAGUUGGUCAAGGGAAUGGCCGAUGGCUGCCGAGAUGCGCGGUGUGCCCUAGUAGGUGGUGAAACAGCCGAGAUGCCCUCUCUAUAUGCGCCCGGUCAACAUGACAUGGCUGGCUAUUGCGUGGGAAUCGUGGAGCAGUCUAGGAUCCUGCCCCGUUAUGACCUUUAUCAGCCGGGUGAUCUUCUCGUAUGCUUGCCAUCAUCUGGACUGCAUUGCGCCGGCUUCAAUGAGAUACUCACCCAGUUGGCUGCCUCCAAAGUAAACAUGAAGGAGCUUUCUCCUAUUGACGGUGGCGAGGACGGCCUGACGCUUGCCCAUGUGCUUGCCACGCCCACUCAGCUGUAUGUCCAGCAGUUGCUGCCUCAUAUUCAAAAAGGCGAUGAAAUCAAGUCGGUGGCCCAUGUGACACAUGGUCUUCUAAAUGACGUCCUCCGCCUGUUGCCAGAAGGAUUCGAGACCACUUUGGAUUUCGGUGCUGUUCCGGUACCAAAAAUCUUUGGAUGGCUGGCUGGAAAGUUGAAGCUAAGUGCACAGACACUCCUGGAGCGGCAUAACUGCGGCAUCGGCAUGGUAUUGAUUCUGCCCCAGUCGAGUAAACUGUGGCGGACAUCCUUGCCAGGAGCCAAAGUGCUGGGUGUUCUGCAGCGGCGGUCAAAGACCAGUGCCUCUCCCGUCCAGGUGCGCAACUUUGUGGAGCAACUAAAGAAGGUUACCUCCCCUUUCGGUGGACUUGGCGAACGGCAGUUGCCCGAGGAGCUCAAGGAACUGCCUUCGAAUCUGGGUUUGACAGCUCCUCGUGAGGACUGCUUCGAAAACGCAGCAGGACGUCGACUUACUCGCAUUCCCAGUCACUACAAGGAUCCCAUUCUCAUCUUGGGCACCGACGGCGUGGGGACCAAGCUGAAAAUAGCUCAACAAACGAAUCGCAACUCAAGCGUGGGUAUCGAUCUGGUGGCCAUGUGCGUCAAUGACAUCCUUUGCAACGGAGCCGAGCCCUUAAGUUUCUCGAGUUACUACGCUUGCGGCCAAUGGCAGAAGAAAUUGGCCACGGAGGUCCAUUCUGGAGUCCAGGAGGGUGCCCGGCAGGCCAACAGCAGUUUCAUUGAUUCGCACAGUGCCGCUCUGCCGCUACUGUAUGAUUCGCAGGUCUAUGAUCUGGCCGGCUUUGCUUUGGGCAUUGCUGAACGUUCGGGAAUACUGCCCCUUUUGGAUGACAUUCAGCCGGGUGAUGUGCUCAUUGGAUUACCCUCAUCUGGUGUUCACAGUAAUGGAUUCAGUUUGGUCCACGCCGUCCUUAAGCGAGUGGGUCUGGGUCUCAAUGACAAGGCGCCGUUUAGCGUGAAGACACUGGGCGAGGAGCUGCUGGUACCCACCAAGAUCUAUGUGCAGGCUUUAUCCAACCUAUUGGCCCGGGGUAAUCACGGCAUCAAAGCAUUGGCCCAUAUCACAGGAGGAGGCCUCAGUGAGAACAUACCCCGAGUGUUGCGUAAGGAUUUGGCCGUUCGCCUGGAUGCCAACAAGUAUCAGCUUCCACCCGUCUUUGCCUGGCUGGCAGCAGCCGGAAACAUCAGUUCCACUGAGCUGCAGCGCACCUACAACUGCGGAUUAGGAAUGGUUCUGGUGGUGGCCCCCACGGAAGUCGAGAAUGUCCUUAACGAAUUGCGUUAUCCCCAAAGAGCUGCUGUAGUCGGCGAGGUUAUUGCUCGCAAGGAUGCGAAGAAACCGCAGGUGGUGGUCCAAAACUUCGAAGCAUCAUUAGCCAGGACUCAGAAGAUUAUCUCUCUGCCGCGGAAACGAGUUGCUGUUCUCAUCUCUGGGACCGGCAGCAACCUGCAGGCACUGAUAGAUGCUACGCGGGACUCGGCGCAGGGUAUCCAUGCCGAUAUAGUGCUGGUUAUAAGCAAUAAGCCUGACGUCCUGGGUCUAGAACGUGCUGCCGAUGCUGGGAUUCCCAAGAUUGUAAUCUCCCACAGAGAUUUCGCCAAUCGUGAAGUAUACGACGCCGAGCUUACGCGAAAUCUGAAAGCGGCUCGCGUGGAUUUAAUCUGCUUGGCCGGCUUCAUGCGCAUCCUAAGUGUUCCAUUCGUUCGAGAGUGGCGGGGACGCCUCAUCAACAUCCAUCCCUCCCUGCUGCCCAAGUAUCCUGGACUGCACGUUCAGAAACAGGCUUUGGAGGCGGGUGAAAAGGAAUCCGGCUGCACGGUUCACUUUGUUGACGAAGGCGUGGACACGGGAUCUAUUAUAGUUCAGGCUACAGUUCCUAUUUUGACCGGUGAUGAUGAGGAUUUACUGACGCAGCGCAUCCACAAGGCUGAGCAUUGGGCUUUUCCAAGGGCAUUGGGUCUCUUGGCCAGCGGAGCAGCUCGUCUGGGUCCCGAGGGAAGUCAGUAAAAUCUCUCUUGAUUAUCAAGCCUGCCAGCUUGAAGAAAAUUUAUCUGUGGAAUAUAAUCAUCUUCUUUCAUCUUUUUCGAAUUAGUUUUAAUAUUAAUCUCGAAAUUUUAUAGAAAUCUACACUAAUUAAGUCGUUUUAAUAGGCUAAGACUGCAUUUUGUUUUCUAUACUCGUACAUCACUGAUAUUGACAACAAUUGUAUACCCUUUUUAUGAUUGCAUACGAAGAGUCUGAGCAAAAUAUGAACUUAGUCCUAAUAAAGAAAACAAAUAUUCUGAUAA